AUGCCUUCUUAUUCCUUGGAUAGCUCCAAGAAUUCGCAUGUUGGUGAUCCCAUUCCAGUUCUUCGCCAUGGUCCCUGCCGCGACGGGGAAAGGGUCCCUGGGCCUACUUCUUUACCUUCCACGUCAGAGGGCUUUUUUAGGGAUUUGGGUGUGAUUGUGAUUGAUUUGGUGUCAAAAUUUGGGGAUAUUAUGAUAAUUGAGGAAUUGAGAGAAGGUGAGGUGGACAGAAGGGAGGAGGAGAAGGAAUGGUGUGUAGAGAAUGCUGAUAAGAAGGAGAGUGAAAGUCUUAUUGUGCGGGAUGCGAAGCGGAUUUUUGUUGGAGUCGGAGCUCGGGCUUUGUUUUACCCGACUUUGCUGUAUAAUAUUGUUAGGAAUAAGGUCCAGGCUGAGUUUCGCUGGUGGGAUAGAGUCCACGAGUUUAUAUUGUUAGGUGCUGUUCCAUUCCCUUCUGACGUUCCAUGCCUGAAGGUGCUUGGUGUUGGUGGAGUGAUAACACUGAAUGAACCAUAUGAGACGUUGGUGCCAACAUCUUUAUACCACGCUUAUGACAUUGACCAUCUGGUGAUCCCCACGAGAGACUACUGCUUUGCUCCGUCCUUGAAUGAUAUAAGUCAAGCAGUAGCAUUCAUUCAUGAAAAUGUAUUGUCUGGACGAACUACAUAUGUUCAUUGCAAAGCUGGCCGGGGACGCAGCACGACCAUUGUCAUAUGCUACCUGGUGCAUCACAAGCAGAUGACACCUCAUGCUGCAUAUAAUCAUCUGAGGUCAAUCCGACCAAGAGUGCUGCUAGCACCUGCUCAAUGGAAGGCUGUUCAGGAAUAUCAUCAUCUAAAGGUGAACGCUAGUGAUCACGACAUCAAAAUGACUGAUAUAGUUUUGAGAACUCCAAGGCCAGCAGUUUUGCAGGGUUUGGUGCCAUUCGAUGAUGGCACUGUAGUUGUUGUGACAGAAGCGGAUCUUGAUGGAUAUAAUCCAAGUCUUGAAUCUGGACCUGUGAGAAGUGAGAUAUGGACUGAUCUAAGUGUGGUCUGUCGUUUUCGAGUUGCUGGUCAGGCAGCUCUGGCACGAAUAUCCUAUCUAUGGCUCCAGACUCACCAAAAGGUUGUUGGGGAGCAACUAAACAGGAAGAACGGCUGCUCAACCAGGGCAGAUCACUUGGGAGCUAUCAGUGUCGACAUUCAUGUGUAUUGA